UGCUUUUUGUGUACCAUUGUCAUUUUUGGAGUAAUAUUGUUCGAACGUCCGAUUUCCUGUUCCUGCUCACUGUCUGUUUUUGGAACAAUGUCCCAUUGCCUUAGCUCAUGUUUCUGUUCACUCGCUGUUUCCCCCAAAUUAUCUCUUCAAAUCAAAUUCUAGUGUGGCUUGCAUAUGCUUAUUAUUUCCGAGAUAAUAGAGUCAUAUGAAGUCUGCCCAGAAACAAGUGACCAAAAAAUGACAUGUUCAAGUACUACGUUCCUGUGCUCUGCUAGAAUUGAGGUCAUUGACAGAGUUUAAAUUGUAGCCCUGUCGCUGUAAUUUAUAAAUUUGAAUUAAACAGCACACCAGGCAGUAAGAGAUAACCUUCACCUUGCAGUUUUCCUGAUGCUGUUUUUAUUUAUUUUCAUACAAAAUCAUCACUGGGGAGUCUCAUUACCUUGCCAGUCGCAGGCAUCACAGCGGUGGCACUUGAUUGCACCUCAGCCCUUAGGGAGAGGUGGCGGAGGGUUGGUGGUGGGGGGAGGUGGGUAUCACGCUGCCGUUACGCACAUUCUCCCCUUUAUGGGGUAGGAGGAGCUUGUUGCAUCGGGAUGCUGCUCGAUGCAGCAGUCCCGUCAAAACCAUCCGUGUCCUCCCCCCACCCCCCUGCCCCCCUCCCUACCUCUCCAUCUAGAGCAGCUCUGUUAUCACUUUCAUCUACGCGUCCUGGCUCUUGGCUCUCCCAGCCCUGACGCAUGCCUCAAAUAUGAGUCGCAUCACCCGGAGACUGCGCGCCGGUGCUACAUAGGAAUUUGUUCCAGACUGACCAUCGCAAUGCAUCUCACGGCCGCGCUCUUGUUUGUAGCCGUAACAGGCGUCGCCGGAGGUUGGGGAUGCAGCUGCAACGCAGAGAAUGGCUUUUGUGAGAAGACCGGAAAGUGCAGGUGCAAACCAGGCUGGCAAGGAGUCCAUUGCGAGCAUUGCAUCCCCUUCCCGGGCUGCCUGCAUGGCUCCUGUGAGAAAGCGUGGCAGUGUGUGUGUCAGCAGGGCUGGGUGGGCAGCCUCUGUGACCAAGAUAUUCGCCUGUGCUCAUCACAGCCUUGUUCUGGGAAUGCCACCUGCAUAGAGACGGGUGAGGGGGGAUACUUGUGCGUCUGUCCCCAAGGUUUCACCGGACCAACCUGUCAGUUGAAGAGGAACAUCUGUCUCAUUGAUGGCUCUCCUUGCCAGAAUGGAGGCACUUGUACCGAAACGGGUGACGCCUUGGAAGCUUCCUGUUUAUGCCCCGCUGGAUUUUCUGGAAACCACUGCGAGAUCACUCCUGACAUCUGUCAUUCCAACCCGUGUCUAAAUGGCGGCAACUGCACUGACCACGGCGCGACCUUCGCAUGCUCCUGCCCAGCAGGCUUCGUCGGUUUGAUUUGUAACGACACCGGCUUCUCUCCGUGCGCCGCCGCACCCUGCGCCAACGGGGCCACGUGUGUCAGCCACCCUGACGGAAGCUUUCGCUGCGUUUGCCCCAAAUGGUUUUCGGGCCGGCUGUGUUCCGCGCAGCACCGGCCGAAAGCCAAGCCCAAGCAGGCUGCCGCCAAGCCCGCCGACCACAGGGUGUUUUCGCUGACUCCGCAGCACUACUCGCUUCCUGCCCACGCCUUCCACAAGCUUCUCCAACCGCCCGAGAGGGAUCUGCUCAAGAUCACGCUUAAAGAGACGGUGCACCACUCCCCCGGUGUGCUGUCCAGCCACGGUCAGCUGGUGUGUUUCGGCAUGCUAGCCCUGCUCACCUGCCUGGUCAUUCUGGCCACCACGGGCAUCGUGCUGUUCGGCCGCUGUGAGGCGUGGCUGGUCAACGCCAAGUACAGCAAGCUCGUGCGGCAGCAGCGCGAGCACCUGCUGAAGGAGGCGGGCGGGGCGAGCCACGAGGACACAGAACACUCGGUGAACAUCAUCCUGCCGGAGAAGAUCAGACUGAACAGCUUCGGGAAGCACUAUACCUCCAUCUGACCUCUGGAAGGUGUUUACAGCGAAUGUAUAGCAGAGGUGGACCUUGUCGAUAUACGUUUGAAUGUACAUUCCAGCACAAACAUGGCACUUGAUUGUAAGUACUUUAAUGCGGGGGUUCUCAAACUUCUUGGGUCCAGGGACCUCUGACAGGAGGAGACAUUUCUCCAAGGACUCCCUCAUAACACCAAUUAAACAUAACGACAAUGUGCACCCCUGAAUGCCUCAGGAAUGAUUUCUAUUUUAAGGGUUUCAACCAACAUGACCGGUUUAAAAGAAAGAAACUUAAUCCAAUUGAAAUAAUUGCAAGAUUUAUCCAUCAUCAGCCGGCAUGCACUGGUUCCACUAACAACAGGGCGUGACCGGAAAGGAGCUCGUGUAUAAAAAAAAAAAAAAAAAAAGUAUAAUCACUGUUGCAAACAUGGCGACUUGGUCGCUAUAUUUGUCACCUUUCCAAUCGCUCUAUGUC